GUACAAUGUUUUGCUCGUGAGGAAGACGCGAGAAUGCUGUUUAUAGAGGAAGAUACCACUAGAACUUUUCACCAAUGCGCAGUGAUUCUCAUUAUUUUAUGUCGGAUAUAGUUCUAGUUCACACGUGGAAGCCAUUCGCCUAGGAAUUGGAAAGUCACGUGUCCCGUAUCGAUCACCUUCAGAUUAAUGCGAAUGCAAAUCAAGCAAUCGAUAGUUGAGCAACCGCGUAUAACUCUAUUCUUCCAUUGGCGCUGAAUACGAUUUGUGUGACACUGAUAUGACGAUGAUAUCGCGGCAUCGGUGUUGGUGCCUCCAAUGCUCACAUCUCACAUCCGACCGGGAGCCAGUCGCUUUGUUUUCGUUGGCUCCAUGUAUAAGCAGAGAAGCUGUAUAGCUUCAGAGCGCGGGAGCUCUGAGAACGAGAACCUACUCCCGACUGUGAGAUAAUUCCCGGUAUCCAAACUCGCGAUCGCCUCCAUUGUGUUCCGUACUUCGAUCAGUCAAUUGAAGCGAAGUGGUGAUAGCACCAAAAUAACGUUCUGUGAUUCUUAUGUGUUUAUGAUAUGCGUUUGAGUGUUUUGAGCGGUGAAAAUAUAUCCGCAUCUUCAUGUUUUUGAAAAUGGUUUGUUAAACUGUGGCAGCUGUAGUUUUUAGAUACCUGACGGAUUCGAUUGUGUUUAACUUGUGGAUUAACACGCGCGCCCAGAUGUAAACCUAAAGUACGUGAUGUCUUCCAAAAGGCUGUAUUUCGAUCUACUUCGCAUGGGACUAUGCUUGUGCAUCGUGUUCAGAUACUUUCCAAUGGAAACAGAUACAGACGGUGUGCGAUUCACCCAUCAAUGUGACUAUGAUACCCGUGAAUUGUGUCCACGGUGCUUUCCAGAGCCGUUGGAUUGUGAUUUUUUUGCAAAUCAUAUCGUCAUCGAUGGAACCAAUCCAUUGAAUCUCUUGAAUCGUUACAACAAACAUGGUGUCACAUACGCUCUGCUGGACGGAAUCCGGCAGGUAGUCGUCAAGAAUCUCAACCAAAUGGGCCUGGUGGAAGAGCUACGGGCCGCGCUCUGCGAGGAACACAAAAUAGAACGUAGCGACUGUCAGCUUGGAGAUGGUGAGGAAUUCGUUUUAGCUCUGCGCAAAAGAAUUCUGGACAAGGAAGCCUUUGGGGGAAGCGUUAUUUGCCCACCGGAAGAUGAACGGACGCUCGUGCGGUUUGUGCAGCAGUUCACUGGUCCUGAAUUGUUGAAAUUGGUAUUGAUGAAGACCAGCGUGCAACCGAUAAUGCUCGAGAUUCUCGCGAGGAUGAAAUUUCCCGUACCUAAGCUUAUAUUUCAAGGUGGUUUUACAAUAGUAGAAAGUUACGAAGGGGACUCCUUAGCCUAUUUUUAUGACAGUCCAUUUCGCCUGAGACUGGAAAUCGCCAAUCAGAUUAUCAACGCCAUCUACCGACUCACAGAAGGAGAUAGUCAUUUUCGAUUCUAUCUCACAGAUAUUCAACCGGACAAUAUAGCCGUUAAAAUGCUUCCGGGCGGAGAUGUGAAAGUGACCUUCGUUGAUGUCGAUAAUGUGGUUAUAUUGAACAGUGAAAGUAACAAAUUGGCAGCAGACAAAGGUAGACAUGUUCACGAACGUAUCGACUGUGAAGGUUGUUUCGCCUAUGUGCAACAAGAUCUGUGUUCCCACAAACAUAGUGAUUUGAACAUGUUUGCAGUUUGUCAGUUGCUACACGAGAAUGUUAACGGCAACAGGGAGCAUGGAUUCCUACACUCCACGGGUGACCAUCCGGAACAGAAAAAUCUCCGAGAACUGCUGACACACUGCGUAUAUUGUAAACCGGCCGAAUGUCACAAUCGUUACGAACUUCUCACCCAGAUUCAGGAAAUUAUUUUCGAACUUCAAUAUCGAUAUUAUCAGGAAGAGCUGUUCAAAUGACAUUGUUAUCUAUUGUUUUUUGCCAGAUUUUUUAACAAACUGUUUCGAUUUGGA